CCAUAUUUUUUACAAAAAGAAUUUCGAAUAUCGAUAUUGAAACACACGAUGCAAAGCACCGCGCAUAAUAGGACAUCACUACUAACUUCAAUUUUAAAAAAAUAAUAAAAACUUUAAAUUAUUUGAUUAAUGUAUUUGUGUGGUGUAACUUGAAUAGGUACAAUGUCUUCAUCGGACUCGGAUUAUGAUAUUUACGGAAAUAUAGCACAAAAACUAGAGGAAAUAAAAAACAGCUUAUUAAAAGCUGAAACUGCUGUUACGAGCAACAGAACUGACAUCGGUCCAAGUAGCUCAACAUUACCGACCGUAACUGUUGAUGAAGAGUUAAACAGCCCUGUGAACAGUACGGAUAACAAUACGAAGGCAAAACCGAGGCGAGGCCGUGGAGAUAGGCGCAAAGCUUCCAGUAAUAGCUGUGGCUCCAGUAACAGAACUGACGUCGGUCCAAGUAGCUCCACAUUACCGACCGUAACUGUUGAUGAAGAGUUAAACAGCCCUGUGAACAGUACGGAUAGUGAUGAAUACACAUUAGACGCGAUUAUAGCUAACAAUACGAAGGCAAAACCGAGGCGAGGCCGUGGAGGUAGGCGUAUAGCUUCCAGUAAUAGCUGUGGCUCCAGUAACAGAACAACCAGGACUGUGCGAGCUAGACGGUCUGCCAGGCAGAGUACUAGCAAUUCUAAUGAAGAUGACACUUUUGAUAAAGAAGAUGCUCCUACAACCUCAAAUAGGGGCCAACGUGCUGGCAAAGGGCGGUCUCCCCGUGCUGGCAGAGGGCGGUCUCCCCGUGCUGGCAGAGAGCGCUCUACCCGUGCUGCCAGAGAGCGCUCUACCCGUGCUGCCAGACGGCAGUCUGCCGGUGCUGGCAGAGGACUGUCUACCCAUGCUGGCAGAGAGCGGUCUACCCGAGCUAGAAGCAGGGGAGUGUCCUCCAGAGAAAGGGGACGCACGGCAAGAAAUGAGUUAAUCGAAAUAUUCGAUGAUUUUUCCUCCCCAGACAGACGUUCUCCAGUCACUUCCAAUGAUUGUCCUAUAAUAAGCAUUGGUAAUACGGAUGAGUAUCCAGACCAAUGUGAAAAUCAGCAGCUGUUCUCGUCAAAUGUGAGACGUCCUAGCGAUGAUGUUGAAAUUGUAGACAUGGACUCUCUAGAAGAUGAUAAUGAAGAAAUGUCCGUCAAAGUCUACUGGCGUAGUUUAGAAAUAUUCAAAUUCAAUAUAAGAAAGUACCAGAAAAUAACUCAAUUAUUUAAUUAUUUUAGCGAAAAAGAAGGUGUUAGUAUUAACCAUUUGGUUUUUAUUUAUAAUGAUAAGAUAUUAAAAAUGGAUGAUACACCGGAUUCUAUAAACUAUAAUAUUGCUAAGUUUAUUGAUGGAGGUAUUGUUGAUCAGGAUGUGCGAGAGUUAACUGCGGGGAAUAAUGAAAAUAAUGAAUCCAGUGGCUUUAAAUUAAAAUUCCAAUGUCAAAAUAAGAAGAAACCAUUUGAAACAUUUAUGAAUCCUCAUGAGAAAUUAAUGUUGGCUAUGAUAAAAUGUGCAGAGCAUUUAGAAACACCUUUAGAGAGACUUAAGUUUUAUUUCGAUGGAGAUUUAAUAUCAAGUAAAAACACACCUCAAGAUCUGGAGUUAGAAGGAGGCGAGUGUAUAGACGUUAAGAUAAGUAGCUUAUAGAUAUUUAUUUAUAAUUUUUUUUGUCAUUUAUUUAUACAUAUAUUUUACAUUUUUUUAACAUAUAUUUUACACUUUUAAAUAUUAAAUAACACAAUAUUUAUUAUUACUAAAGUUAGUUACUAUAAUAUUAAUAGUAUUCUAUUACUUGGGGUGGUACAAGUAAGACUACACUCAUAAACUUGGAACGUGCACAAAGAGAUGUAUUAAAAGUCAGUUGUUUUCUACCCAGACUACACCCUACCUUUGAACUGUAUCAACAUUGCAAAGUUUUGACUGUUAGACAGCUCUUCAUUCUAAUGACAGUUCUCAAAAAACAUUCUUUGACACACAACUCAAUUAGUACUUCCCAGAAUAAAAGGAUCCCCACUGUAUCUAAAUAUAUAAAACUCAAAGGUGACUGACUGACUGACAUAGUGAUCUAUCAACGCACAGCUGAAACCGCUGGACGGAUCGGGCUGAAAUAUGGCAUGCAGGUAGAUGUUAUGACGUAGGCAUCCGCUAAGAAAGGAUUUUGAUCAAUUCUACCCCCAAGGGGAUAAAAUAGGGGAUGAAAGUUUGUAUGAAACUUUGUCAAUUUUAAACCGAUCGGACUGAGACUUUGCAUGCAUAAAGCUACUAUGGCGUAGGCAACCCUUAAGAAAGGAUUUUGAUAAAUUCCAUCCCUAAGGGGAUAAAAUAGGGGAUGAAGGUUUGUAUACAUCUUCUUAGAUUUUAUCAAGAAGUCCUGAUGACGAAUCAGAAUUUUAUGAUGACGUUCGCUUAAAUACGAUUUUGAUUAAUUCAACCCCCAUUCAACCCCCACGGGUGAUAAAAUAAGGGAUGAUGAAGGAUGUAAAAUGUAUUAGUUUGAGCCUAUCAGUACGUAAUGGAACGAACAAAAUAAUGUUUAGUUCUAAUAAAUGUUGAGAAGUUCUGCCUACCGCUAUUAGAUGGCGCUGUGCAUUUUCGUCUCAUUUCUGAAUCGCGGUGUUAAGAUUCUCCGCCAGUUAAUUACCUUCGAACUGAACUGUAGGUAAUCUGUUUGUUUGAUUGCUGCGGAUUGCCUUCCUCACUGAUAUAUUAAACAUAAAUAUUUCUAGCGGAUUAUAUUAGUAAAGAAUAUUGUGUACAAAGAAGUUUUGUAGGCUCUAAUUUUUUACACACGCUAAACAAAAGUAAAGCCGCAAAAACCAUACCUAAUUAAUAAUAAUACUUCUUAACGCGAGCGAAGCCGCGGGCAAAAGCUAGUGCACAAUAAACAGGUACAACACCAGUUUCUCACAUAAUUUUUUUUGGUUUUCUUGGGACAUUCCUUUACAAUAAAAUAAACCAAAAAUUACAUAUCGUUACCAAUACUAAAUUACAAUGUAAGAAGAAACUGACUACAUGGCUUCAAAACUUAGAUUAUGACUCAACAGAAAAAUUAUUAAAACCUAUAAACUAAGCUAAAUUAGUAAUUAUUUAUAGUAAAAAAAAAACCUUCAUUGUAGGACUACACGUCAAACACUAUUGAUACCUAUGCUAUUUAUACAUAUUGAUAACUAAUAAUGCAAAACAUAAAUUAGAUAUAAAAUAAAAAAAUAAAUAAAAUAAAAUUGAUGAUAUUACCUAAAAUAUGAAACAAAAAUUAAAAUUAUUAAAUACACCACUACUAACUACCUACUAAAUUAAAUUUAGAAAAAAUAAAAGUACUUUGCUAACUAAAAAACUUUCUAGGAUUAAUUCAUCUGCCCUACCACAAAUUUUAUAUCCUAAAUAAAUUAUAUUUUAAGACUUGAUUAGUAAUUAAACUACAUUUGAUCUCAAAAUGACUACACUUUUAAGUUACUAUUAAUUAGAAAUUUCGCCAUCGUAUGUACUAUGUGCAUAAUUGUGAAUGUAAUUGUACCCACGGAAAAGUGGCUCUUAAUAUUAAGUUAAUUUUGUGUUAUUAUUAUUUAUUAUUGAUAACGCGUAUUCAUAAGUGGAAAAAGCUAUAAUUAUAUGUUAUGUGUUUAUUAAUUAUAUGUUAUGUAUUAUUGCAAAUAAACAUUUAAAUAUUUAAAUGUUUAUUUGCAAUAAUAAGUGCAGUGACUUAUGUUUGUUAACGUAUUCCUAUUUUCUGUUAUUUUAAUUUAUCUAUGGUAUAAGCAUUACGAUAAUAAGCAUAGAUGUAUUUUAGAUUUCUCUUUGCCUCUCUCCUUACAAAAUGUACUGUAUAAAAUUCAAUAGUAAUAAUGGUGAUCUGUAACACAGGGGUAACUUUAAGCAGACAUCAUUCUCUUAGAAAUGCAACUUGUAUUGUAAUGUACUUUAACACUGUAAUUGAAGAGAAAAAUAAAGAUUUUUUUAUUAUUAUUAUGUCUCUUCCAGACCUCGGGACUACAGAGUCCCGGAUUUUUGGGAGGCGAACGUGGGGCCGAAGCCAACGCGCUGAAGCCCUUUUGAGACAACUUUAAUGAAAUGGUGACACAAAACCGACGAUUAUCCCUGUAUACACUAUAGAAAUGUACCCAAGGACAAUCCCCGGUUCUGUGCUAAACUAUUGCUAACUAUGGAUGAAAACUACUUGGGCUAUUGUGAUGGGAUGCUAAUGGACUAGGAAUGGGGAAACUACGGGAACUAUGGCACCUGCCGAUGACAAUGUAUUAAAUACAUGUUAAAAUGGCAGGUGGAGACUCGCCAACUCACUUACUGGGCCCCCGGGAAUCAGUCACUGAAAAGCAACAAGAGGGCAACAGGGACAUGAGCGGCUGAGAAGGAUGAGGAUACCUCGGCGGACUUUAAACGCAGAUCACGCGCUCCCUGUGGGUCCAGCAUCACCGGCCCACUCGCCACUUACCACGAGGCACCUACCCUCCGAGCAGGAUUAACCUUGCUCUAGCGACUCCACUCUGACCGGCCGAUGAAGGCAAGCCAAGAGGAUUAUUUAUUAUUACUUGUAUAGUCAAUAUAAUCAAUAGUAUUAAUAUCAAUGUAAUCAAUUUAAUUUUCAAUUUUUGUAUUAUUAUAAUUUAAUGCAUGCUGUGAUUUCCUAUAAUUAAGGAAACACAAGAAAAGAUAAUAUUUGUUCCUAAAACUUGUCUGUAAUGUGUAUUUCUUGUUGGAAAUCCAAAUAAAUAAAUAAAUAACACAACAGAGUACAUAGAUUGUAGUAAACAAAAAUAUGUUUUGCGGCGUUAUAGUAUUAUUUUAUGGGUGUUUACCUAAGGAUUUCUUGUAGCAACAGUAAAUACACUGCAACUGUUAUGUAUGCCACACCUGGCAUCUACCAAUAAAAUGUACCGGUACAAUUUACGUAAAUGAAAUAUCUACGUGUACUAGAUAAAAAGUAUUAUAAAAGACACAAGAUAACUUAAAAAAGGCCUUAGAUUGUUUGAAAAAUAAACCGAAAAAUUAAAAUUUUAUUCCGAAUACUUUUCCAUAUUUUAUUUUAUUAACUACAUAAUUAAUAUUCAAAUCUAUUUGAAUAAUAUUUUUCAUAAACAUGUUUGUACUUUUAGUUAAUAAGAAUCACUUUAAUCUCAUUUAGAGUAUGAAGUACAAUUUAGGAAACCUAAAAUACAAUUAAGGAAACCGGUUUCCUAAAUUGUACUUUUUGAGACUUUUUAAAAAACUUUAUUUUCAUAUUUAUUUUUGAAAUUCUUCAUUUUCUUUCAAUGUAAAAUUAUUGCUAAUAGAACAACCUUUUUAUUUAUAGUAAUAUAUUCCCUUAAAAUAAAGUAGUUUUUGUGGUAGCUUGUGAAGUUUGUUAACUGGUACAAUAUAGGCAACUCUCAUAUAUUAGUAAUAGAAGUAGUAUAAUUUAAGUAAGUUUAAUUUAUUAUAUUUCUAGCAUAUCAAUAAUAUUUAAGAUUCUUUAUUUGUAACGCCUUCAAAGAAGGAGUCAGUUGAUUUCAAUGAAACUCAGAGAUACAUGAUAGUACCUCCUUUAUCUAAAUAAAAUCUAAGGCUAUUCACUGGUAACUGAUAAAGUAUCAAUUACUUAUCGAAUAGUUAAUGCAGCUCAUAAUUUUUGCCAAGUAUUGCUAUCCGAGAUCUGUGAAGCUAAUAGUUAUAGUUUAUUUGUCAGAUAGGUUCCUGAUAUGUUAUCAGUAACCGGUGAAACAAGCUAUAAAUGAUGAAAGUAUGAUAAACCAAAGAACCAACCUCUCAAGUAUGAACCUCUCAAGUUGUCUUUUACAUUAUUUUGUUUGUUGUUAUCUUGAUAUUUGGUUGAGGGUCCGUUCAGGCAGACUGGCUCGGAGAGCAGAACAAAUUGUUAACACGUUGAAAAUUUAGUAGGUACUUAGUAUUUGAAGUAAGGUUUAUCGUGUAUUUUUUUUUGACGUUUGGCUCCGUUUGCAUGCUUUUUAAUGCUCGCGCAGUUGAUGGGCUCCGGUCUGUGUGAAAAGAAAAAUGCGCGCGAUGCUCUCCGACCCUGUGUAUCUGAACGGACCCUUACGUUAAAGUUAUUAUGUUGCUUUAGUUGUUCAUAAGACUGAUUCUGUGAUUUUGUUUAACAUUGAUCUCAAUAAAAAGUAAAAUUUUGAUUAUAA